ACACCAAAAAAAAAAAAGCCCGAAAAAAUCGACCUUUAUUUCUUAUUUCUCUCCUCUACCUCUCAGCUUCUGCUGGAUCUCUCCAGCAGAGAAGAUCUUGUUCUGAGAGAUUCGUAGGGGGUUUUGUUCUCUCGACUCAUGAGGUGGGUUUUGUCUCUUUUUUAUAUGAUUAGGGACCGAUCGAUCAAGGCUUCAAGGGCAAACAGAAAUGGAUCACGACAAGACAGGAUGCCAAAGCCCACCUGAAGGUCCUAAGUUAUGCGUCAACAACUGUGGUUUCUUUGGAAGCGCUGCCACGAUGAACAUGUGUUCAAAGUGUCACAAGGAUAUGUUGUUUCAACAGGAACAAGGGGCUAAGUUUGCUUCUGCAGUGUCUGGAGCAUCAUCAUCCAGCAACAUCAUAAAGGAAACCAUUACUGCUGCGUUGGUUGAUGUUGAAACCAAAUCCGUUGAGCCAAUGGCUGUCGCUGUACAGCCAUCAUCUGUCCAAGUCGUUGCAGAGGUAGUAGCACCUGAAGAAGCUGCCAAACCAAAGGGACCAAGCAGAUGUACUACUUGCAAUAAGCGGGUUGGCCUGACUGGAUUCAAAUGUCGCUGUGGUGACCUCUUCUGCGGGACACACCGUUAUGCAGACAUUCAUGACUGCUCCUUCAAUUACCAUGCUGCUGCGCAAGAAGCUAUAGCGAAAGCAAAUCCGGUUGUGAAAGCAGAGAAGCUUGACAAAAUAUGAAAUUCAAAGUAAACGUCUCUGAUUUCAUCAGGUACACCUGUGAUGCAUCCUUCCCCCCUGUCUGUGUCUGGUUCAAGUAUCUCUCAUGUUAAAAAGGUUUUAUAUAAGGUCGAUUGAAAGCGUGCUUGAUCUUUAGCUUCUUCCAUCUCUCUGCAAUAUUUGUGGUGUGAAACUUUCUAUUAUCUGUUGUUUGCAAGCAGAGAUAUGUGCUCUUAAAAAAAAAUAUAUGCUUUGAUGUGUUUCUCUUUCUUAUUAUUUUCGAGCACUGUGUUUUAUGCUUCCUGUUUGGUCUGUAUCAUAUUGGGUUUGUCUCUGUAGCUUCAUGAAGCUUAUUUAAAAAAAGGCUUGUGUUUGCCCUUCAA